GGGGCGCGGCCGGUGCCUCGCGCCGCCACCUGAGGGGGGAAGGAGCGGGGCGGCGGCGGCGGCGGGAGCCGCGCUGAGGGGACCUGACGAAAGAAGAAUGUAACCUGGCUGCUGUUCUGUCAGGAUGGGGUCAAUCGUGUGGGAAUGUGGUUAAACGUCUUAAUUCCUUGACGUAAUACGUGGUGUAUAAGGCUGUGAAAAGGAAAGGCAAGAUGCCUCGCUCAGUUGCACCGUCUUUGGGACCGAGCUAACAAUGUUGUGCACAAAGAGAGUUCCGGUUUUGAAGAGCCUUAAACAAGGACUGCAAACGCUGCUGUUGGAGUGAAAUCGGAAGGCACAAGAAGAGUCGAAAAAGCUUUCUGACUGGGCUCAGUAACUGGCCCCAUCCGCGGCGUGGAAGGAUGGCUGGUAGCUGGAUGCUCUGUUACCUUUGGCUUUUGGAUGUCUUGGUGGGGCGCUCGAGAGGGCACAGUUUGUUUUCCUGCGAGCCCAUCAUCCUGCGGAUGUGCCAGGAUCUGCCUUACAACACCACCUUUAUGCCCAAUCUCCUGAAUCAUUAUGACCAGCAAACAGCGGCGUUGGCGAUGGAGCCAUUUCAUCCGAUGGUGAAUUUGGAAUGCUCCAGAGAUUUUCGACCAUUUCUGUGUGCCCUCUACGCUCCCGUGUGCAUGGAGUACGGCCGUGUCACUCUGCCAUGUCGCAGGCUCUGUCAAAGAGCAUACAGCGAGUGCUCCAAACUCAUGGAGAUGUUUGGGGUCUCUUGGCCUGAGGAUAUGGAGUGUACCAGAUUCCCGGAUUGUGAUGAGCCAUAUCCUCGCCUUGUUGACCUCAAUUUAGGUGGGGAGCCCACAGAAGAGGCCCCAAUGGCAGUGCAGAGAGAUUAUGGCUUUUGGUGUCCUCGAGAGUUGAAAAUCGACCCUGAUCUGGGUUACUCUUUCCUGAGGGUACGGGACUGUUCCCCUCCUUGCCCAAAUAUGUACUUUCGUCGUGAAGAGCUCUCCUUUGCUCGCUACUUCAUCGGAGUGAUCUCCAUCGUCUGCCUUUCUGCUACCUUGUUUACUUUUUUAACUUUUCUGAUCGAUGUCACAAGAUUUCGCUAUCCAGAAAGACCGAUAAUAUUUUAUGCUGUCUGUUACAUGAUGGUGUCAUUAAUUUUCUUCAUUGGCUUUCUGCUUGAAGACCGAGUAGCGUGUAACGCAUCGAGCCCUGCCCAGUACAAGGCUUCCACAGUGACCCAGGGCUCUCACAACAAAGCUUGUACCAUGCUUUUCAUGGUACUCUAUUUCUUUACCAUGGCUGGCAGUGUUUGGUGGGUCAUUCUUACCAUCACGUGGUUCUUGGCAGCCGUGCCAAAAUGGGGCAGCGAAGCGAUCGAGAAGAAAGCGUUGCUCUUCCACGCCAGUGCCUGGGGCAUUCCAGGAACUCUAACCAUCAUCCUCUUAGCAAUGAAUAAAAUUGAAGGUGACAAUAUUAGCGGCGUAUGUUUUGUUGGCCUCUAUGAUGUGGAUGCAUUAAGAUACUUUGUACUCGCACCCCUCUGCCUCUAUGUUGUUGUCGGAGUUUCCCUUCUGCUAGCUGGCAUUAUCUCUCUCAAUCGGGUUCGCAUUGAAAUCCCAUUAGAAAAGGAGAACCAGGACAAGCUAGUGAAGUUCAUGAUCCGGAUUGGCGUGUUCAGUGUUCUGUACCUCGUGCCACUGUUGGUUGUAAUUGGCUGCUAUUUCUAUGAGCAGGCUUAUCGAGGUGUGUGGGAGACGACGUGGAUUCAAGAACGCUGCAGGGAAUAUCACAUCCCGUGUCCCUACCAGGUCACUCAGAUGAGUCGUCCAGAUCUGAUUCUCUUUCUCAUGAAAUAUCUCAUGGCUUUGGUAGUUGGGAUACCCUCUGUCUUCUGGGUUGGAAGCAAAAAGACCUGUUUUGAGUGGGCUAGCUUCUUCCAUGGACGCAGGAAAAAAGAAGUUGUAAAUGAGAGUCGUCAAGUGCUGCAAGAGCCGGAUUUUGCUCAGUCUCUUCUGAGAGACCCUAAUACCCCCAUCAUCCGCAAGUCCCGAGGCACUUCCACCCAGGGCACCUCCACCCACGCCUCCUCCACCCAGCUGGCGAUGAUGGACGACCAAAGGAGCAAAGCGGGCAGCGUCCACAGCAAAGUGAGCAGCUACCACGGCAGCCUGCACCGCUCGCGUGAUGGCCGGUACACUCCCUGCAGCUACAGAGGCGUAGAAGAAAGACUACCUCACGGCAGCAUGUCACGACUGACUGAUCAUUCCAGGCACAGCAGUUCCCACCGGCUGAACGAGCAGUCGCGUCACAGCAGCAUCAGGGACCUCAGCAGCAACCCAAUGACACACAUCACGCACGGCACCAGCAUGAACCGCGUCAUCGAAGAGGACGGGACCAGCGCUUGAUCGGCUUUUCUGGGGAAGGAGGGCUCGCCGGGGCUGUACGGCUCGCAGUCCGUUCCUCGGCGGCGUGAUAAUGCUCAGUGGUACCGUGCCCCUCAGCAGGUGCUGAUCUUUGCAUCAGGAAGCCGAAACGGGCUUCUCCGAUUUGAAGCCAGAGUUGUUGUAGUUGCGUCAGAGCUAGAGUGUUCAGCGAGUCUUGAAUUACCGAGUAAAAAGCUGGUUGCCUCGUUUGAGCCUACCUGUAGGUAAUUAUUUAUUUGAUAACUAUUUACCCAGCAUUACACCAUUGCUGAAUUCCUUAUUCUUUAAGAAAAACCUUCCCCUCCCUCUGAUGCGUCUGCGUGUCAGUAGGUGUCACCCUUGAAAUCUCCCUGACAGGGCCACGGCGAGAGCGUUCCUGGUGGGCGUAAGGAAGCUCUUGAAUGCUGAAGGAAUUCCUCCACGCAGCUCUUCGGUCUCUGGUCAGAUAACAAACUGAUACGUGUUCUCAUCGAGCCCAGGGGGAGGGCCCCGUAUUAAACACUGUACAAAGGACACACAGCAGGCAGUUUUAAGUGGUUAACACUGGAAACGCGACAAAGGAAUGAGCGCUUUGCAGAAGGAAAUGAAACUGCGCCGAGGAUCACCGGCUCCUACCGGAGCUGCUUAGGCUCAGUUGUUGGGAUGGGGGUGGAGGGCGGGGGGAGGCAAGAGGCAGGGAAGAGUGAUUUUUGUAUAACUUGUAUUGUCCUUGCUUUUUUACGAAAUACUAUUUAAAUUUUCUACUUGUUUACAAUUUAUGUAGGAAAAGAUGGAUUUUAAAACCAGUUAUCUAGAUACUAUUCAGCCAGUUAUUUUUAGAUGGAUGUACAGAAGCUGAGAUUGCCCGUUCCUAUCUAUUUAAAGAGAGACUAGAAAAGCUGGAUUUGUCACCCGAACUGGGACGCGCAGCCCGUUCCUUACAAGCAGAACAAAUCCUGUUUACAAAUCCCGCAGUCCAGGUGAGGAGGGCUGGGGCCGAAACAGCCGCGAGGAGUUCGGUCAGGGACGGCUGCCCACCUUCCUUGCACUACCCCGGCUGUUUCCUGGGGGUUGCUUUGCACCGAGCAGGAGGUUGGACAUGGGGGACACAAAUCAAGGCAGGAGCAGAGCCGGAGAGCCCUCUGCGUCACUGUCUCAAGGGGAAGACAGGUAUCUACCACAACCCGCUGGCUCCUUCGAGCUCGCAUUCGCGAUCAACCUCUGCUCUAGGUUAUUUCCUUUUCAUUCCCUCCUGUAGAUUCACAGCAGAGAAUUCAGUUUGGGCUUUCUUGGUGUGUAAAUAGUUCGUUGGGGUCCAAGUCUUCACUGAUACUGCAGGCAGAAGUCGAGGCAUGGUUCGGGUGGCGCAGCGACCUCCUGAAGCGUCUGCUGUAAGAUUCGUUCAGCGCGAGGAAACACUGACUGCGAUUAAACCUACCUCAGUAAUUACUGCAGAUCAUUGCUGGGAAGUGAAUACCUGUUUUUUCAUUGCCCUUACAUAAUUCCCUCUUUGACCUGCUUGAGGCGUGUUGAAAAGCCUUUGCACAUGCCUAGGUGGCACAACCUCGAGGGCAGAAAUAGGGCAACAACCGCGAUGCUGCGCACUUCAGAGGCUUUUUUGAGCGGCAGAAACUGAGCUGUGCUACAAUUAGGCAUGUUAAUUGUAGCUGAUGACACAACAGCAAAGCACGUAACCGUGCAGCCUUUGAAAUCAAAGGUUGCUCGGGGAGCCGUGGUGUCUUUUAGAGAGAUAUUUACUGUAAAUCAUCUUUCUUGCUUCCACCAGGCUUUUGUUCCAAAGGAGAAGCACAAACCAAAAGCAACAACAAAAAAACAAAGCUCAGCAAGGGCUCUGCACCCUCGGGGGCGCUGCGCAUCCCAGGCUUUGCGCUUGCCCCCAGGUCCCUGCCUGCCUGGGGAGCUGCCGCGGGGGACGUGCGCAGGGAUCACGCCCAGGUACGCCCGGUCACCUCCUCCAGGGCACAUGGGCAUGCGAGGACUUUCCAGUGAGGUAUGCUGAAAACACUACAGUUCCCUGCAAGGCACAAAGGUGAACACCUCCCCUUCUAUUUUUCUCCCCAAAUUCAGCUUCUACUGAGUGACGUACUGCUUCAAAGGGAUGAUAGUUUUAGGAAUCUGAAUCCGCAAAAGCAGCCGGAUUACAGGAGAUUUUGUAAACGCUGCCGCUGAACUAACGGAGGUCAAGUGGUUGUGUUGAUCUUCUUGGCUACAUUUCCAGUACUGUGUUUUGGUAAUCGGAGCCCGGCUUUGACGUGCUUAGAGUCAGGAAGGGAAUGAUGGAGGUCAGAAAUUUGCUAAUUUGUGAGGUUUAAUCCCCACAUUGUUCCAGGUGGGUGUGUUUAAGCUGUUCCUUGCUCAUACAUCCCCCGCGUGAGGACAGAGCACUCCCACCACCCAGGGAGCUGAUUAAAAUGGAAAACUCAGUUCUGGGUGCAUUUUUUUGCUAUCCCUACCCCUGUAAUCCCAAGCCCUCUCUUUUAUCUUCCCACCCUGAAUCAGCGCGCUGCUCUGUGCUCCUGCACAGCAUUCCUCCUCCCCGGGACUCAAAGCCCUUCACAAAAGCCUGUUUCAGGGGUGAGAUUGCCCCGGCAGGGCUCGGGCUCCCAGAUUUCACAUCUGGGGGCUCGGGAGCCUCUCUGAGUGUGACUGCAGCCCAGGUGCUGUCUCUGCCCGCUGUACCUGGGCAUGUUUUUGGGGUGCUUUCAGCACCCCCUGCUAGCGGGUGAGAAGCUCAGCCCAGGCGCCUGCCUUCUGGGACUGGUGCCAGUGUUUAAAUCCCCCCGCAGCCGAAAGCAGCUCCCCGAGCUGCAGCGUCGGCUGCCCUAUGUACCUGUAACUGAGCACGUGUUCGGCGGGUCGAACAGCCGUCCUUUGUCCCUCCCUAGCAGAUGCACGCUGCGGCCAGCGCUCGAGAAUACCGCUUUGCACGAUCGUGCUGGCAAAGCUUCCAGCAAAACCCACGGCUUCUUAUUCCCAGGGAACUGACUCUCCGUUUUUUUCCCCGUUGCAAACCGUGCGCCCUUGCCCUGGAGAGGCGAGUGCCAAGAGCUCUCCGUUGGACAGCACCGUGGGCUUUGCUCGGGGUCAGAACUGCCCAGGGGCACAGGAGAGGGCUCAGAAAGUGCAGGCAUUGCCCCCUGUCCCCGCGACAGCAGAGUCCCCGAGGCUGUGAUGCUCGCUCUGUCUUAACCCCUUUGUGGCUCCCACCAGCCACCAAACCCCGUGAAGCGAUGCUGUGGUCGCUGCAUGGAAAAGGCAGGCUCCGCAGCACGGCAUCCGCCUCCCUGCUGGCUUGGUAGCGCUCACCUUCUGCAAAGCCUAAAAGCCCAGCGGCAGCAAAAAGCCACGUUUUUAUGUGAAUUUGUUCCUCUGCUCGAUUGCCUUGCGUUUUCUUAGCGCGUAGAGCCCAGUUUAGCUGCAGAAGCUUUUCGCUGUCGGCCAUACGGAGCGCGUUCAAUGCCUGCCAGAUGUGGGCUGUGUGCCUGCGCCGCAGCUGGGAGCAGGGCAUCCAGCACCGCUGCCAAAUCGUCCCAGCGAGGAUGGGAAGGCAGCUUCUGCCACCGAAACCCCUCGGGGGCUGCAGGAGGAGUCUGGCGAGGAGCUUGGAGCGGGUCUGGGGGCUGAGGAACCCCGACGAGCGAGCAAACCGGGCUGCGGAGCGGCGCGUCCCUGCGCGGGGGGCACGGCGGUUCAGCCUGAACGACCGAAUGUAGACCUGAAUGUGAAAUCUCACUCCUAUGCCAAUGCACGCCUUUUGUAAAAGAUCGGGAUUUAUUCUCGUGAGCGGUGGGAUGUUGCACACGGAUUUUUGCCUCGUGUGAACCGCCGGAGGGGCCGCGUGCCGAGGGAAGGCGGCGCGUGCGACGGCGCUGCCGUCUCUGCGGGUGGCUGCUCUGACACGCGUACGUGCCGUGACUUCGUUUCUGGCUGAGAAGAGGAAGCUUUCGUGUUCGUGAGACCUGUGCGUAGAGGGCGCGCGUGGCUGUCGCACGGCGCGGUGCCCGACGUGAGCUGGUUCGACGCGCGCUCAGCUCCCGGUAGGCUUUGUUUACAGUAGUCCAGUGUCGGUUUUGUAACGUUUAAUUUUUAGCACUUUACCUGUGAGUGUACAAACUGGUUACGUUGUAGUGGGUGUACAAUUUUAAUUUUAGACCUUUAAAAGUUUUUAAUAAAACAAUGUAAAAAUCCU